AUGACCGCGGGGCCGCCGCGCGCCCCUGCCGCCGGCCCCCCCGCGCCGCGCCCUCCGCCCUUCCCCGCGGCCCCGACGCCUCCCAUGUCGGCAGCGGCGGAGAAACCGCAGCCGACGGCGCUGGGAGGCCCGGCGAUGGAGUCGGCCUCGUCCACCACCUCCUCGACCCCCAGCAGCAGCGGCGGCAGCAGCGGCGGCGGCGGAGGGGCCCCCAAAGCCAAGAAGACCAACGCGGGCAUCCGACGGCCGGAGAAGCCGCCCUACUCGUACAUCGCGCUGAUCGUCAUGGCCAUCCAGAGCUCGCCGUCGAAGCGGCUGACGCUGAGCGAGAUCUACCAGUUCCUGCAGGCGCGCUUCCCCUUCUUCCGCGGCUCCUACCAGGGCUGGAAGAACUCGGUGCGCCACAACCUCUCGCUCAACGAGUGCUUCAUCAAGCUGCCCAAGGGGCUGGGCCGGCCGGGCAAGGGCCACUACUGGACCAUCGACCCGGCCAGCGAGUUCAUGUUCGAGGAGGGCUCCUUCCGACGGCGGCCCCGCGGCUUCCGACGCAAGUGCCAGGCCCUCAAGCCCAUGUACAUGAUGAACGGCCUCAACUUCAACCACCUCCCGGACGGCUACGGCUUCCAGGGCCCCGCCUGCCCGCCCAACAGCCUGCCCCUGGACGGAGGGCCCCUGGGCAUGAUGAACAUGGACGGCAUGGGGCUGGCCGGCCACUCCGUGCCCCACUUGCCCUCCAACGGCGCCCACCACUCCUACAUGGGCAGCUGCGGCGGAGGGGCGGGAGGGGGCUCCGCCGGUGGGGACUACGGCCACCAUGACGGCUCCGUGCCCGCCUCGCCCCUGCUGCCCGGCGGAGGGGUGAUGGAGCCCCACUCGGUCUACUCCGGCACGGCCCCCUCGGCCUGGGCGCCCUCGCCCGGCCUCAACAGCGGCGCCUCCUAUAUCAAACAGCAGCCUUUGUCCCCUUGCAACCCGGCCGGCAACCCGCUGCCCGCGGGCCUGUCCGCCCACUCGUUGGAACAGCCAUACUUGCAUCAGAACAGCCACAACCAGGCAGAACUGCAAGGGAUCCGCUACCAUUCCCAGUCUCCCAGCAUGUGUGACAGGAAAGAGUUUGUCUUCUCCAUCAAUGCCAUGGCGUCCUCUUCGAUGCAUUCGGGAGGUAGCGGCUCUUAUUAUCACCAGCAAGUGACGUAUCAAGACAUCAAGCCUUGCGUGAUGUGACAGUAGGGCAGGGGAGCCAAGCUUUCUUGGGGGACAGCCAACCCAGUGACAUGCAUGAAAACUUAGUGGGACUAUGGGACUUCUGACCAUAACAGACUCCCCUGGGGAAACCGUGGACUUCCCCAAAUGCUAGAUUCAUUGUUGCUCUUGAGGUAUAUAAACAUUCAAGCAAGGAACGUGCCUUUAAAAGACUUUGAAGAGGAGCAGGGGUGCAUUGCGGGUACCUUUU